AGCACAGAUUGUAACUUAACAAAUUUAGAAUUUCGCUUUUCGAUUAUUAUUUACUAUUUAGCAUUUUCUUUAAUCUUUAAUAUAAGAACCAUGCAUGACUAACUAGUUAGUAGUUAAAUACUAUAUUGGUACUUAGUGCUUACCAAAUACCAUUUUCUUAUUAUUGUUUGGUCUAUGGUACCUACUACUUACAUUAUUACAUACAAUAUACUUACAAGUUAAUUAUACGGUACCUGCCGCCGGUGACCGAAGAUAGUAAACCUCGGAUUUGUGGCAACGCGGACUUUCGUUAAACUCAUCAAACAUGUUCCGGAAUCGAGUGAAACACAUCAGCUGGUUCGUUUACGAAUCUUUCACACGAACUAUUGGAUACCGACAGGCCCAUCUUGCAAUCAAAUCUUCGCCAAACGUUCGGCUUCCAGUGAUGUUGGGCCUAUCCAUUCCAUUCUUCAGCAACAACAAAGCAAGUUUAAUCAAAGCCAAUGAACGCGAGAUAGCUGUCGAUGAUGACAAAAUAGUCUUACAACAAAAACUUAUUGAAGCCGAUCAGCUAUUUCUAGCUAACAAGUAUGAAGAUGUAGUACGUCUACUUGGAGAGUACAAGGAAAAAAAUAAUGUACAAGUACUAUGGCGUUUAAGUAAAGCUGAAUAUAAUAUGAGUUUGGAUGAAAACAUAAGCAAAGAGAAAAAAAAAUCUUUGAUAUCAUCAGCACAUGAAUCUAUUAUUAAAGCAUUAAGCAUUGAUUCAAAUAUAUCAGAAGUUCACAAAUGGGCUGCUGUCUUAAUUGAUGCAUACAGUAAUAUCAAUUUAGGAAUCAAAGAACAAUUACUUAAAUUGGAAAUUGUGAAAUUUCAUUUGCAAAUGGCAUUAGAACUGAACCCAAAAGAUCCAUUUUUACGAUACAUGAUUGGUUAUUGGUGUUACAAUCUUGCUGAUAUCUCUUGGUUUCGGAGGAAGCUUGGAUCAAUUAUAUUUGGCACUGAAAUUCCUACAUCCACAUAUGAAGAAGCAUUAGAAUAUUUUAGAGAAGCUGAAUCAAUUCAACCAAAGUUUUACUGCAAAAAUCUUCUCAUGUUGGGCAAAACGUUUUUGAAAAUGGAUAACAAAUUUAGUGCCGAGUAUUAUCUGAAACUAGUCACUCAAUAUCCUGUUAAAACAGUUGAAGACCAUCAAGCCAAAAUUGAAGCAGAAAAAAUUCUCAAAUCAUCAUUUGGGUUAUAGUCAAAUUACUAUAUUUUUCUUCUGCUAUUCUGUGACACAACUGGAUUUUCAUCAUCACCAUUUUUUGAAAAUACUGAUUUAUUUGUACGUUUAAUGUUUUUUCUACUAUAUCUCAAUAAUUUAAGCAAUUCAGUGUAGAUAUAAUUUCAGAGUUUAGCCUCUCAAUUCUCCAAUGAUCUUUAAAAUAUAGACUGUAGCUUAAGCUGAAAAUCUUCCUAUAUAUGUAUAAUUUUUUUUUAUUAUUAUUAUUAUUUGCAUAUAAACUAUAAUUUGUAAGUAACUCGUUAUUUGAUU